ACCUCAAAUGUGCCACACAUCUCCUGAAUGAUAAGUUCAGAAACAUGACUGAGGAGAAGAAGGCCAUUGUCAGGGAUCUUGGAUUCGGUGGGUUGAUGCACAUCCCACCACUGAGGGUGGAUCACCAACUCUUGAGAGAGUUGGCAAAAAACUUCAAACUUGGGGAGAACAAACUGAGGACAGGAUAUGGUUCUUUCCAUAUAACCCCGAAAAAAAUAGGUGAUGCGCUUGGCAUCAAUGCAACAGGAGAUCUAUUUCCUGAGAAAGUUGACUACAAGAAACUUUCUGAAUCUGACAAAAUAAUUUAUAAAAGAUUCCAGGGUAAGACCCUCAAAAGUCUUACCGAUGAAAUGAUGGAAAUCGGCGUUGGCAACGAAGAGGAACGCCUGAUGUUCAAGAGGAUAUUCAUCCUCUACAUACAGAUGGCGUUCCUUUUGCCAACGACGAUAAACAAAAUAUCGCCGGUGCACCUGGUCCCGAUUUUUGAGAUGGAGGGCAUAGAGGAGAGAAACUGGGGGGGGCAUGUCUUGACCUUCAUGAUCAGGGGCAUAACAAACUACCAGGAGAAGAAGAAGAAGGCAAUCAAUGGCUGCCUCUUCGCCCUGAUGACAAUCUACUUUCACCUUUUAAAAAACAAACGCAACAACAGGGGUGAAAGACCACCAAAGCCAUGGAUUGCCAACUGGACUAAGGAGCAGUUGGUGAAAAGAAUGAAUGAAGAGAGAGAGGAAACUUUGAGACAAAAGAAAAAAUGA